AGUGCCUAGGGUCCACGAAAGUCAUAAUGCGGCCCUGGAGGUGAGGCUUCAGAGUUGUAUAAGAAACCAUACGAAUAAAAUCAGUGAUUUGCAAGUAAAUGCCCAAACAUCCCUUUAAAAUCACUGUUUACUUCAAUCCUUUGAAAUGCUAUGCUGGAGCAAAGGUUAGUUCAAAGAGUAUCAUUAUUGUUAAGAAAAGAAUCCAGCCUCUGUUGGUCUUCUGAAAGAACUUAAAUUAUUUCUCUUAGUCCAAAAGAGUUAAUUGUAUGCACCUAUUUCAUCAGGUUCUGGUAAAUUAAGUCCAUCCAGAUGCUUGACAUUUGACUCAGAGUCAGAAUACUCUCCGUUUAGGUUUGUAUAAGCUGUUAGAACCUGGAGUUUUCUUUUGACGUGUACAAUUUGAUACCAAAGGUCAAACUAAAUGGGCUCAAAUUUAAAAUGGUUUCCUAUUCAGGAAGGAUGAUACUUAGAUUUUAAAAUUGCCAAUUAAAUGUGACUUAUUUAUUGCCUCAUCUGAGUUUACAGUCUUAAGCAGCUGGAGUGCGUGAUUUCAAACUUUUAAUGUGCUAUGCAUUCAUAAAGAAAUCUCAAACUCUGGGAUUAAUUAUUAUUUCUACUCCUUGUUGUUAAUUUCAGCUCAAUCCCAAGGGAGAGAAAGCUGUCACUCACAACACAAAACUCAGGCAUGGUGCAACCGAGUCAGAGCCUAAAAAACCAGGAUUCUCACUGACGGGCAGAGGAUUUAGCAUUAAUACCACCAGCACCAAUAUGUCCCUCUUCCCAGGACUAACCCAACCUGGCCCUAAUUAGGAAUGUUCAGUACACCAGAAGACAUCUCAAUCAAUCAAGCGAGAGAACCAAGGCGCUGGUGACUGCACCUACAGACAGCCUUGCAAAAGUAAAAGGAGCACAGCUCUGAAGAGCUGACAGCAUCUCUUGCCUGGGAUUCAAAGACAAAGAUGGUGGUGGAAGGGGAGUUGGAGGCCAGUGGCUCAGACAGCAGCUUUGAAACUGAAACACCAAAUGGACUUGGGGAUGGUGGCCAUCCCACCCCGGAAGAUGAAGGUAGCAGGUCCUUGUCCUUUGAGAAGAGACUGCAGCAUCUUGACUCCUCACACACAGUGACCUGUACAUUCUCAAUUUCACUAGCUGUGCCAAUGGGUGCAGGUCCAAAGCGUAGGCCGUCCAAUUUAAGUGAAAGGCAGAGGAAAAAGUCUAAUGUUGGCAAAGAUGUAGCUAUUUCAAAAAUGCGGCGUUACUACCACAUUGAGUACUUCCUUCUACCAGAUGACACUGAGCCUAGGAAACUUGAUGUGGCAUUGUUUGGUGUUGUGGCCAAACUGUUUUUGGAAUGUGAAUCCAAGCCAUCGACUGCACAGAUGCAAGCAGAGCGCACCCGGCUGAAACGAUCGAUAACAGUGAUUUCUUCAGUUGUGAAACCAUGGUUUGAAAAUGACAAAAUAUGGGUGUCGUGGACCCACAGUAUUGAUAUUAAUGUUACCAAUGAGUUUCUAAUAAAACUGAGAGAUCACAAAGUAAUUCUUACAAUAUGGGAUACCAAGGACAAAGUUUCUGCAAAAGCUAAGUUUAGUAAACCUGGGGCUCAGAAUUUACAGGUAGAGGAUUCUGAUGAUAUUGGUGGGGUAAAAUAUACGGUGUUAUUGCAAAGAAAACUCUUCGAGGACAAUCAGCCAGAACUCAGCAGUAUUAAAAUGAAAGGUGUGAAGGUAGCCAUUGCACCAGAGAAACCUGCCGUGGGUUUUGCAGCAGGGGAAAGUAAGUCUUUACCAGAAGAAGCUGAAAUAUAUGAGGUACCAGCACCCCUUUCUGGUUUCGAGCCUUUAAUUCCUUUUUCCACAAGUACAAUGGCUGACUAUUCAGAUUAUAUGAUUUCAAAAAAGCCAGAGAAAACAAAGUUCAACUUGGAAAAUUCCAUAGGCCAAACCGACAGGAAAGAUCUACAAGGUGGUAGAAAGAAAAGUUCUUUUUCUAGAAGGGGCUCUGCUGUUAAAGAACAAAAGCAGAGCAGCUGUAAAGUGUCCAAUGCAGAGGCCCUGAUUGCAGCACUAACAAAGAAGUGUGGCAUAGCAUCUUUGCAACUGGACCUUAUGCCUCUCCUCUCAGGAGAAACGUUAGUGAUUAGUCGACUACAAGAGAAAUCUUCUAAGAUUUUAGAUGCAUAUGUAACUUUCACUGCAGAAGAGCCUCUUAUGUCUGAGAGACAGAUAAGUGAAUUGAAUCCAUUGAUUAUUAGGAUUCAUUCUGCGACAUGCCUCCCGACAACUCCUGUCCCACUUGAAGUGCUGCAGGCGACCUGCGUUCCCACAUACUGCAGAUACCGAUUUCACAACCUCCCUUUUCAUCAAACACACGGGCAAACCCAUGGAACCCACAUCUAUUUUAAGGAUGUCAAUGUGAUUCUAACAGGGACAAUCAAUCCUGAGAAACUGCGUGAGUAUUUUAGAGGGCCACCUUUGGAGAUUGAGGUUCAUGACCGGGACAGAAAAAUGGCAGAGGACAUUAAAAAAGCCUCUUUGUUUGGUGAUGAACAAGAUGAUGGGAAGUUGAGUAAUGUGGGUCUUCUCUCUUGCAAACACACAGCCUACAAUCCAUUUACAGAAAAGGACAAUUUGUGGCAUCCCUAUGGGGUUGCUAAAGUCAGUCUAACUGACCUACUGCUAGGUGAAAAGUACUUGAAUAUCACUGUGCCCAUUCAUAGCUGUUCAGUUCCAGAUCCCACUGUCUACCAGAAGGAUAAUAAGACUGAAAAAAAUACAGGAAUAUUGGGAUCAAUGGCUGGCUCUCAGACUUCUCCACUGCCUAUGGGACAUUAUCUAGAAUCCAACUCAGUCCUGAAAUUAAGAGUUGAAAUAGCAACGCCGCUAGAUCUGCAAGCAGAAACUGCUGAUACUGAAAUUUCAGAUUGCCCAUAUGGCUGCAUUAUUUAUAUUUUUGACUACAAUAAUGCAUCUUGCUUACAUGAUUUGAUGCAAGAGAUUACAGAAAUUAAUGCUGAAGCACUCCAAUUGGAUUCUUAUCCGCUACAAGUAAUUCAGAAGGCUCUUGCUACUUUCAAACUGAAAACCACAACCAAGGAAAUUUCUGAACUGGAUAUCAUUACUGGCUUUCAUAUUCUGGAUGGUACAAUUCACCUUUUAGUCUUGGAAGGCUUAAAGGACAAAGCAAUCAAGAGACUGUGGGAACAGCACUUUGAUAAGACUCAUAGAACUGAAAAUGGAAGGUUGGAUAUAUUAUAUAACUCUCAGCUGUCUUUCCAUCAGCGCCUGUAUGCAGACCUGGAAGCGAUUUUGUAUCAUAUCCACCUCUGUAAACCUCUUUCUGCUAUAUCAAAACAACCACUGGUUUAUGUCAGGGAUAUGGUUCCUCAAGCAUGUUUCCAAGCCUUGUCCAGGCUGGAUUAUCUGUGCCGCAGUAAGAAAUUAAGAGAUGUCAUUCAGAGAGGUCUGUUGCCUUCUGCAAAAAUGAUCACAGUCUUGAGUCAGGAAUUUGGGAUUCCCCUAACUAAGGAGGAUUUGUUUAUUCAAAGCCUUCCUUUGCCCUCACUCUCUUCAUAUGCUUUGCAAAACCCCAGAAGGGUGAUCAUGAAACAAGGAGCAAUGCAGUCUUUAUUGGAUAACCACAAUGAAAAGUACAUUCAGCAGAAAAAGGAAAAGGAAGACAUGCAGCAUUACAAAGACCACAUCCAGACUAACAUCGAUGCCGUGUACCUGCUCAGCAGGGAGGUGAAAAAGCCGAAGUUCAGAAGCAUCAGGAUUUCUCCUGGUGUUGGCAAGUCGGUCUACAACUAUAGUACUCAGCAUCUCAAUUCUGCAGAGUGGGCAAAGAUGCAACUUUGUAAGGAGCUGGCAAAGAAACCAGAGAGGAGAUUCACUUAUUGUCAUGAAUACCUGUCAGCCAUAUUUGACCCUGUGGAUUUGGACACUGUCCAGAAAGAAUCUAUUGCAAAAUCCAAGAAUAUGUGGUUAUCACCAAGUGGGUUUGUAUAUCCUGGGUUUAAGAGCAGCAUUGAAUCCAAUCUGCACCCUCAGAUGCCUGAUGAAGCACGUCUGAAGGAGUUAACUGAGAAAUGGCAGGAGAACAUUCUGUUUUCUAACAUUUUGGAGCCAGUACUGAGUCGCGACAAAUGGUGUUGGGACCAGCGUCAUGUAGAUUUUGAACUGUACAAGAAGCCACCUGUUUAUCUCCCGACAUCACCUGCUACGCAUCAGGAAGUGGCCAUUUGGCAGGGUGAUGAGACCAAUCAGCCUCAGAAAACUGUAUUUGUUGACACCCAGCUGAAAGUUCACAGGUGCUCCACAGCAGCCGAGCUAACCACACGUGGCCUAAAAGCCAGUGCUCAGCUGGACAAACUACAAGGACUUUUGAAAGAUAAACCACAGAAAUUCUCACUUACGAGACCAGGCCUGAUUCUGCAGCCUAUCCCAGCACUGUCAGUGUUGCAGCAGCUACCUGACAAUGGCAUUUACCAAGGGCUGGACAGAGAGCGGAGCACCACCAAAGGAUUUGUUCCAGGUGUGGAAGGCCAGCACAGCUUGAAGUGGAACGGGAACAUAAUCCCCUGCCACGACAUGGACCACAGAACGUUUGAAACGUUGAGAGGCGCCGACUUCAACUUGCUUUGUUAUAACCAUUCCUUUCGUUACAAGAGAAAGAGACCAGAGAACAAAGGGGAAGAUAUAAGCCUUCUGCUACAGCAAGGAUCCUUCACUGAUGGUGCUACAUCUCCACGAGCUAGUCAGCUACAGCUUCCAGUAAAUGGAAUGACCCCAUCAUUCACAAGUGACUAAAAGACAGAUACUCAGUUACAAAUCCAGAUGUGACUAAUAAACUUGGUAGUGAGAUUUUUUUUCUAAAGACUGAAGUUUUAAUUAUUU